AUUUUCGUAUGAAACGACAGAGAGAUUUUACAAGGGUAGCGGUGGAGCCAAUCCUAUUGGAUCAAUCCUGCCGCCCAUUUUUCAGUUUUUGAAAAUCCCCCGUCAUUCUCCCAAGCCAACAGUUCGUGGGUGAAAAGGGGACUUUUUUUGGCGGGAAAACUCUCCCAUUAUUUGAAAUCCAAACGACUCUCCCACUAACUUUCAGGGAGUGUUUGUGUGCGAGUAUGGAAGGCAGCGAAAGCGAGGCGAUAUUCAAAUCGCUGAAUCUCAACCCCCAACUCUUCAUCAACGAAACCCUAAACACCGUCGACGACGUGGUCGAUGACGCUUUCCAUUUCUUUCAGCAACAAGCCUCAACCCUUUUGAAUACCCAUGCCACUGACAGAUCCGAAGAUCUAACCAAGGGUAUUGCUAAUGUACGCAAUAUGGUUCAGUCGGUUUUGGAUAAGCGGCUGGCUAUGUGGGAGAAGUACUGUCUUCACCACUGUUUCGCUGUUCCUCAGGGGUUUUCUAUUUCCAGAACUGAUGAAUCAAGUGGCGAUGGUUUGAUACGCCAAGAGGCACUCUGUGACCCAGACCUGGAUGCACAGUUGGAGUCCUUGAGGAACAAGCUCAUUGCGGUUGAGAAAGAGUCUACUGUGCUUAACCAUGAGCUCCAAGCAUUAGAAAGGCAUUCUGCGUCUAAUAAUCGUUGUGCUGGGUUUGUCAAUGAGGCAUUACAAUUAUAUGAGCAGAACUCUGUGCAUGACUUUUUCCAGGAGAUGGUGCGAACUGGGUCAGAACUCCGUACAAAAAUGGUGAAGUUGAAGAGCAGAAGAUUGGUAGAGUCUGAACAUACUAAAACAGAGAGGAUUUACAAUCCAAACAGAGAUUUGUCUAAGAUAGAUAGCAAGGGCUUCUCUAAUGCAAAGUUGGAGGAACUUGAAGAAUUUUUAGCGGAAACGAAGAACAUUUGAACAUUUGUGUUGUUCCAUGGGUCUUGGAUUGCCAGUUAACCGUUCUUAUGUCUCUUCCAAUGUUAUUAAUUGUAUUUUGGUUUACGAUUUGUUCUUUAAAUCACCACGGUGGUGUCGGUGUAAUCACCUGUCAUAUGUAAGUAUCUGAAAGUACCGGUGAAGCAAUUUUAAGAAAAGGAAUGACUCAAGAAGGGGCCAGUUUUGGCAUUACCUACAGCAACAA